AUGAAUCGAGGGUUGAUACUAAAGUUUGAAAAUCUGGUCCAUUUACGUGGUGCUUGCAGACAGCUGUGUACUCCCUCCUACAGAAAAGUUAACAGAGCACAAUGGAAGCCUGUGCAGUCAUCUGCACAUCCUGUGUGGUCCGUUCUUCUGUAUCCGCAGUUCUGGCAAAAAGACAGAUUAAUCAGUGUUGCCUUACCGCAAUGCAGACAUCUAGCUACAAAGGAGGAGACGAAAAAGAAAAGAAAGAAGAUACCACUGACAAAAGGGGAAGUAGAGAUAAGGCAGAAGAUGACUGUCGAGGAACUUGCACGAGCUAUGGGUAAAGACAUAGAUCAUAUUUAUGAAGCACUGCUAUACACAGACAUUGACCUUGAUUCACUAGAACCAGAUUCCAUCUUAUAUGAAGAUCAUAUCAAGCUAAUUGUUAAAAAAUCAGGAAUGAAGUAUAAAUCAGCAAAACUGAAAGAGGAAAAAGAAAGAGAAAACACAGAUGCCGUGAAAAGGCCUCCUGCAGACCCAGCAGUACUAACCCCGCGGCCCCCAGUUGUAACUAUAUUGGGCCACGUUGAUCAUGGGAAAACAACCUUACUUGACAGUCUGCGAAAAACUCAGGUGGCAUCAAUGGAAGCAGGAGGCAUUACACAACACAUUGGUGCUUUUCUUGUGCAUUUGCCUUCUGGGGAAAAGAUAACUUUUCUUGAUACUCCUGGACAUGCAGCUUUUUCAGCCAUGCGAGCGAGAGGUACCCACAUUACUGACAUUGUCAUACUGGUUGUAGCAGCAGAAGACGGAGUAAUGCAGCAAACUAUAGAAUCCAUUCAACAUGCUAAAAAUGCAGGAGUUCCUCUUAUCCUCGCCAUUAAUAAAUGUGACAAACCUGAAGCUGAUCCUGAAAGAGUAAAGAAGGAAUUGCUGGCUCAUGAUGUGGUCUGUGAAGAGUUUGGAGGUGAUGUUCAAGCUGUAAAUAUUUCUGCACUCAAGGGUGAAAACCUGAUGGUUUUAGCAGAAGCAACUGUUGCUUUAGCAGAGAUGUUAGAACUGAAGGCAGAUGCCACAGGUCUGGUAGAGGGGAGCGUAAUUGAGUCUCGCAAAGACAAAGGGAAAGGUCCAGUUACCACUGCCAUCAUCCAAAGAGGAACUUUGAGAAAAGGCUGUGUUCUGGUUGCAGGGAAGACCUGGGCAAAAGUGCGUUUCAUGUUUGAUGAGAAUGGCAAAGCUGUGGAUGCAGCCUCUCCAGGCAUCCCGGUGGAAAUCAUGGGCUGGAAGGAAGUCCCUUCAGCGGGAGAUGAAAUCCUUGAAGUAGAAUCUGAGCAAAGGGCGCAUGAAGUUGUGGCUUGGAGAACCUAUGUUGAACAACAGGAGAGGAUGAAAAGGGAUGUGGAAGUUAUUGAAGCAAAGCAAAAGGAACACAGGGUGGAAUAUGAGAAGAAGCAACAGAAGCUAGCCCAUCUGACCUGGAGACAGAGGAAGGCGGUGCUGUACAAGGCCAAUAAGCAUCUAAUAUUUUCAAAGCCUAAAGAGAGAACAGAGAUGGACAAAAAUGUGCUGUCGAUAAUUGUUAAAGGUGACGUGGAUGGAUCUGUUGAAGCAAUUCUGAACAUUCUGGACAGCUAUGAUGCUGACGAUGAAUGUAAAUUGGAUGUAAUACAUUUUGGAAUGGGAGAUAUCAGUGAAACAGAUCUAAGUCUUGCUGAAGCAUUUAAUGGUGUUGUAUUUGGAUUCAGUGUGAAAGCCAAUGCAAGUAUUGAACAGCUGGCUGCUAAAAAGGGAAUAAAAAUUAAACUUCACAGUAUCAUCUACAAACUUAUUGAAGACUUGAAAAAUGAGCUAAACAGCAGACUACCUCCAUCUGUGGUGGAAAAUACAAUAGGGGAAGCUUCUGUUCUCAACACCUUCUCUGUAACAGUAGGAAAAAACAAAAUUCCAGUAGCUGGAUGCCGAGUACAGAAGGGGCUGCUAGACAAAAAAAUGAAAUUUAAGUUAAUCCGUAAUGGGGAUAUUAUUUGGACAGGGUAUUUAUCAUCACUGAAGCAUCAUAAAGAUGAUGUCCAGGUAAUAAAAACGGGUAUGGAUUGCGGAUUGAGUUUGGACAAGUAUAUAGAAUUCAGUAUUGGAGAUGAAAUCAUCUGCUAUGAAGAAAAAGAAGUUCAACAGACAACUUCCUGGGAUCCAGGAUUUUAA